AAGCGCAGCAGAUUACUGUUUCAUCAUCCAAUGACAUGUCAACUUUUAGGAAAUAGGCUAUAUAUUAACAGCAGAAUGAUUUCUGCUGCUAAGAAACGGCAGUCAUCUCUGCUCUCAAAACAAGACACAUCUUGAAGAGCAAAUGCUGCCAAUAACCAAUCAUCAAGUCACUUGCACUGUUAGUGGUGCAAGAGUUCUGACAAUUUACAAAUAUUAAUUUAAUACAAAUUGAAGGUGAAUCAAGAGGAAGGGUUCUAGUGGCCCCCAUAAAAAGUAUUCGUUUUAUGCAGAUAAAGUAUGUCAAUGGUGGACAGUGUGUUCCGUACUCGAUCGCUGGGCACAGCAGCUGAAGGAGUGCGGGACCAGUAUGCUGAUGGAAAGGCAGCCCGUGUGUGGGAGGUCUUUAUUGGGGAUAAGAAUUUGAGGACACAACACUAUCAAAAAUUUCUGGUGGGUCUGCUUCGGGCCAAGAGGUGCCGAACGGUAUUGGACGUUGCUUGCGGAACGGGAAUUGAUUCCAUAAUGUUGUUGGAAGAAGGUUUCAAAGUGACUUCUGUUGAUGCUUCCGAUAAAAUGUUGAAGUAUGCGUUGAAAGCUCGCUGGAAUAGGAGAAAGGAAGAAGCGUUUGAUAAUUGGGUGAUUGAGGAGGCUAAUUGGUUGACGCUGCCUGAUGACAUUGCUGAAAUUCUUGGCAAUGGUUUUGAUGCAGUCAUCUGUCUUGGUAACUCAUUUUCACACAUGCCCGACACAACGGGCGAUUGUCAAGAUCAAAGACUGGCUUUGAAGAACUUUGAACGGUGUGUAAAACCUGGAGGUUUGCUUCUGAUUGACCAUCGAAACUACGACCAUAUAUUGGACAGUGGGUACACCCCUUCAAAAUGUAUUUAUUAUAAUAGUCAGCACAGUACGGAUAUCAAAACUUCUGUUCUUUAUGUGAACGGCGAACCCAGGAUUGUCACCAUGGACUAUGUGAUUGACGUUGCAUCGAAUAAUGACAAGAAUUUAUCAACCAUUGAUGGAAAAUGUGGUGAAGAAUCUGUGAGUCAGUUCAGAUUGUCGUAUUAUCCUCAUAGACUGGCGGUAUUCUGGGAGAUGCUACGGGAGACCUUUGGUACAGAGUGCAAGCAUACAAUCUACGGGGACUUCAAGUUACUCCAGGUAGUUGAUAAUCCACAUUUCUACAUCCACGUUAUAGAGAAGUCGGUAUGACUUCUUAUGCAGACGCAGUUCUCCUUUGCAGUUGUUUUUAGCAUUAAAUAUCUGCAGCGUAAAGCUGAAUUUAUUUCCACUCGCUGCAGUGUGAGCAGAAGGGAGAUGCUGGAAACUUGUGUGGAGAGAGUUUCAAGUGGGUUUUGGUACGCUUUGCGCGCUCUUCUUGUGAAGCGUCGGAAUCACGUGAUGGAAACUUCAACGUUCUUAAUAUACAAACUCCUACCAAAUUAAAAUUUUCUGUAAGGGUGAUUUUUAUUUUCUAAUCUCACUGCGUAGAGGAGAGCUUUUAUCGAGAAGCUAAUAAUAGAACAGUCAACUAGUCACGAAAUAUCCCAGCUGUUAUAGGUUAUUACUGUGAAUACAAGCAUUUGCCACGAUUAAACAUCCUGAGCGAGAUGGUACUAGUCGACAUCUUCCCAUCUAUGCCUAAGAUUACCAAGUGGUCUCUCCCCUUCAGAUUUUGUGACUUUCAUCCGUGAUACAGUAGAAAUAUAAACUGAUGUGCUCUAUAAGAUGUAGAAGUUCCAUCUUUGGCUACAGAAUUUAACAGCGCGGUAAAUUUUGUUCCUAAAUUCUGAAACCACAGAAUUUAAUUUAACAUUGAUGACGACCGGUGAUGCGUUCUUGUGACUGUGGUAAUGAAUCUUUGGAUACAUGAAAAGUGGGAAAUUUCUGAACUAGCUAUUAGCUUCUUAAGGACUAAGUUUCGAGGAGUUAACCGGUUCUUACUUUUUUCUUAUCUGUAUCAUGUGAAAGUUUAUUGUUUUCAUGUUUGCUUGCGCUGACAGGAGAUAUUUGGCGUGUUUUGAACAAUAUAUAUUUUGUUUCCUGUAAACAGUUUUUAAAAAUGUUUUUGAUUCAUAUCUUCAAAUUAGGUAGUUUGAAAAAGCCGUGGGUGAGAUGGGUGUGGUCUUUGCAAUAUCGCUGAAAGUAGUGAAAGUCAGCGUACUGCAUCCAGACAUGAAAUUGUUCUGUAUCUGUACAAGGGUGAAAGAGGGUGAGGUGUCACGAUAUUAAAUCAUUCCCUCUUUCUUUGGGUUGAUUUUUGUUUU